AUGACUAUCGAAGUUGUACCUCUUACGGAGGCCGAUAUCCCCGGCGCCAUCGAGGUAAUUCAGCGGGCAUUUGCAGACGAUCCCUAUUCCCAGUGGGUUUUCGAUUCAUCCACGUUCAACAAGCAAAGAAAUUACGAUUCCCUUGCAGCACGCUGCCACUGGGGAAUCAAGAAUGCAAUCUUCCAGGUUGCCAAGGAAACCCAAGUACCAGACUCAAAGACACUGAACACCUCACCAAACCCAGCUCCAAUCCUCGGUGUCUCCUGCUGGCUUGCGCCUCACCCACCCGCGCAACCAGAGAGCUGGUACUCCUGGUACCAAUCCUGGGUACUCUCCUUCAACCAGCUGUUCAACAACAUCCGGUACCUGGGUCGCGGUGGGCUGCGCACGAACCGAUAUUGGAUCUGGAAGCAGCGACAGGCCGAGGCACAGGCUGCUAUCUGGGAUGAUCCGCGCGGAUACUAUUUCUGCAACAUUGUUGCAGUCAGCCCCGAGGUGCAGGGGAAGGGUGUCGGGAGGUUGUUGUUUGAGGCUGUCACGAAACAGGCGGAUCGUGAGGGCGUGAAGUGUUAUCUCGAGAGCUCGAAGAAUGUGCCCAAUGUAGCGAUCUAUGAGCGUAUGGGCUUCCAUAUGAGUAAGGAGAUGGAUUGUCGGGAUGGAGAGGAUGCUUGCAUGUUAUACUGCAUGGUGCGGGAUCCGAAAAUGGAGUGA